UAGCAAAGCUCUCCGCUGUUCAACCAUCAUAAGACUUGUCAGUCUGACGACCUGUAGUUAAAUGAACAUCAAUAUGGAGACUUCAGUCUCAAACUUUUCAUCUGAAGAAAUCUACUUGGACGUGACCAUGAACGAACUGGCCUGUAAAGUUACUGAAGAUAAAAAAUUCGAAGAUCCCCUGUUAAUUGCAGACUUACGUGAAGUAGUGGCUAGGUUAUUACUAUGGCGGGAACUUCUUCCUGGUGUUGAAACUUUUUUCGCCAUGAAAAGCUGCGACAACGAUGUAGUUCGAAGAUUAAUGGCCACGUUAGGUUCUGGUUUUGAUUCUGCCAGUAAACAAGAAAUUCAGAAAUUACUAGAAAUUGGAGUCAAGCCAACUAAAAUAAUAUUUGCACAUCCUGUGAAAUUCCGAACGCACAUAAAGUUUGCUGCGUCCGUCGGCGUCCAUCUGAUGACGUUUGACUGUGUGGAAGAGUUGCUGAAGAUCCAAGAAUGUGAUCCAGAAGCCAGGCUAGUUUUAAGGAUUCGGCCCCCGUUAGAGUCUAGUUUAUACCAUCUUGGGGAAAAGUUUGGUUGUAGUCCAGAUGAAGCUUGUCGUUUAGUGCAGAAGGCACGAGGUCUCAAGAUGAUUGUCGUGGGAAUAUCGUAAGUACACCAUGUUACU